ACUGGGCUGACUGGGCUUUUUAUCAGAGCCGAUCCAGCGCAGGAGAGAACUCUGCCUGGCGGAUCUCGAGGCUCUACCUUGAUGCUACUGACCCAGAUGGGUCUGCUGCUGGCUGGCCAGGCCCCCGUGGAGGCUCAGUAUGCAGAGAAGGGCCCAGGACUCACCAUCUGCCGAGCAGAAACAGGACACACACUCCAGCAGCACACAGUCUCUCGGGCCAGGCGCUGGUGUUCCGGGCGGCGUGGCUGUGUGCUGCUGGCAGUGCUGGGACUGCUGGCUGGGGCGAGUGUUGGCUCUUGGCUUCUAGUGAUGUAUCUGUGGCCGACUGCCUCUCAGCCAGCCCCGGGGACCUUGCAGGACGAGGACGGGAGUCUGAGCUGCUCAGAGACCAGCGAUGACAAUGCUCUGCUCCCUGGGUUUCCCAGAAGAGUGUCUUUCAGAAUAAACCCCGAGGAAGACUUCUUGCUAGAGGUGCAGGUGCGGCCCCAGCAGGACUGGCUCCGGGUCUGCCACGAGGGCUGGAGUUCUGGCCUGGGGGUGCGGAUCUGCAGGCUCCUUGGGCAUCUCAGACUCACCCAUCAGGAGGGCGUGAACCUGUCUGACGUCAAGCUCAGCAGCACCCAGGCAUUUGCUCGGUUCUCUCCUGGAGUAGGGCCCCCGGAGGAGUUGUGGCAGCCCAGUUUCAGAUUUUCCCGCCUGUCCAGCUGGCGGGUGCACGUGGGGUUGGUCAGCCUCAGCGCCAUCCGGCCGCACCAGGGGGCUGUGGUGGAGAAGAUCAUCCCCCACCCACUCUACAGUGCUCGGAAUCACGACUAUGACAUUGCCCUCCUGCGUCUCCAGACACCACUCAACUUCUCAGACAGUGUGGGGGCCGUGUGCCUGCCGGCUGAGGACCGACACUUUCCCGCGGGCUCCCAGUGCUGGGUUUCUGGCUGGGGCCACACCGACCCCAGCCACACUCACAGCUCGGACACGCUGCAGGACGCGCCGGUGCCUCUGCUCAGCACGCGGCUCUGCAACAGCUCCUGCGUGUACGGUGGUGCCCUCACGGCCCGCAUGCUCUGCGCCGGCUACCUGGACGGCAGGGCCGACGCGUGCCAGGGGGACAGCGGGGGCCCCCUGGUGUGCCCGGAUGGGGGCACGUGGCGCCUGGUGGGGGUGGUCAGCUGGGGGCGUGGCUGCGCAGAACCCAAUCGCCCGGGCAUCUACGCCAAGGUGACCGAGUUCCUGGACUGGAUCCACCACACGGCGCGCGUCCCCUAGAUGGAGGAGCAGCAGCAACUCCCAACACAGAAGGCACGAACCCCUCGGUGCUGCCUGAGAGACAAGUCAUC